AUGGUCUGAAGCGCGGUCUGAGGCGCCGCGAUGAACGGAGCGGUCCCGUCGCUUUUCGAUCCGAAGGAGCGGGUGUUGAAGCUGGGAGAGAGCUUCGAGAAGCAGCCGCGCUGCGCUUUCCACACCGUCCGCUAUGACUUUAAGCCUGCAUCUAUUGAUAUGUCCUGUGAAGGAGACCUUGAAGUUGGCAAAGGUGAACAGGUGACAAUAACACUGCCAAAUAUUGAGGGCUCAACUCCACCAGUGACUGUGUUCAAGGGCUCAAAGAAGCCUUACCUAAAAGAAUGUAUCUUAAUUAUCAACCAUGACACUGGAGAAUGUCGCCUAGAGAAACUUAGUAGCAACAUCACUGUGAAAAAAACCAGAGCUGAAGGAAGCAGUAAAGUCCAGUCUCGCAUAGAGCAGCAACAGCAGCAAAUGCGAAAUGCAACUAAGGUUCCAAACAAUGUUAAAAAUUCUCCACCAAAAGAAAAGAUGUUUCCGUCUUCUCCUAUGGAUGAUAUUGAACGAGAGCUAAAAGCAGAAGCCAGUAUCAUGGACCAGCUGAGUAGCUCUGACAGUUCAUCUGACUCUAAAAGUUCUUCGUCCUCUUCAUCAAGUAGUGAAAAUAGUUCUAGUGAUUCUGAAGACGAGGAGACAAAGCCCUCUCUUCCUAUGUCAAUGCCGUAUUUGCAGCCACAGCCUACUGUGUCUGCCAUACCACAACAGGCUGUCCCUGACAAAGAUGCCAGUCAUAACAGAUCCCAAGAGAGCAGUGGUCAUAUGAUGAAUACACUACGAAAUGACUUGCAGCUGAGUGAAUCUGGAAGCGAUAGUGAUGACUGAACAAAUUUUUGGCCUUAAAUGUAUCACCUUUUUGCUAAAUAUGUCUUAGCAUCUGUUUUGCACUAAGAUUAGAUUACCAGAGACUGGAAUGAAUGUCCUCGAUUUUGAUAAUAGACAUCCUAAUUUUUUACUGACACAUCAUGUCUAUAAUACAGCAGCAUUGAUAUCCUGUCAG